AUUUAGGCGUUUCGUUACAAACUCCUCCUUAAUUUAUUUCGCCAUGGGAGUGUCGGGGCGAUACGUGACCGGAUGACGACUUUAGCGUUUGACGCUUGACGCCAAUUUGAACCACAGAAAACGGGAAUUGUCCGUCCGCGGCACACAAGUGCGUGUGCGAGGGAGCGCGUGUGCGCGCAUGGUGGGGGUGAACGGCGAGCAAAGAUGGCGGCGCUGAAAGAGGAGCGGAGCUACGCGCUGUCCUGUGGAAGAGUGAGCAACGGCAGCAACGUCUCCGUCUUCCACGUCAAACUCACUGACAGCUCGCUGAGGGCCUUCGAAGGCUACCGGGGCGGCAAGGUCCUGUCAUCACAACCAUUGAUAACAUUUAAUGGAAACCAAGGGAAAAUUUCAAUACCACGGUCAGAAAAUUCAAAUGAGCUGCACACGUUUACGUUCUACCUGUCACACGUUGGCAGAGACAACCCGCAGGGCAGCUUCGACUGCAUCCAGCAGUAUGUCACCAGUGACGGUAGCAUUCAGCUGGAUUGUUUGGGUGCCAUCCAGGACAAAAUUACUGUAUGCGCCACGGACGAUUCCUACCAAAAGGCCAGGGAGAGCAUGGCCCAGGUCGAGGAGGAGACACGCAGCAGGGGUGCCAUUGUCAUCAAGCCCGGUGGCAGAUUCGUCGGCAAAAAGGUACAGAUACGGAAACCGGUAUCAGCCCUGUCCGACGUGGCCCCCUCCCGGCGAACCUCCCGACCCGUCAUCAUCUCCAGCAGUGCGGUGAAGAAAGCAAGCCCUAAGCACCGGCCGCUCCGAGAGCGCCUGGUGCACCUGCUGGCCCUCAAGCCUUACAAGAAGCCCGAGCUGCUCCUGAGGUUGCAGAAGGACGGCCUCUUGCAGUCAGACAAGGACUCCCUGGACGGCCACCUGCAACAGGUGGCAAACCUGAAUGGGAAAGAUAACACACUUACGUUGAAAGACUUUUUAUAUAAGGAAAUUCUUAAAGACUGGCCUGGAUACACAGAAGGAGACCAGCAGCUUCUCAAGAGAAUCUUGUUGAGGAAGCAGUGCCAGGCUCAGAACAACACAGCUCCCCCACCAGAAAGCCCGCCCAAGGAGUUAGCCAGCAGCUCGCCAUCCCAGAAACGUCCGGCUAUAGACUUCAUUGACCCUCUUAACAAUAAAAAACCGAGGAUAUCGCACCUUGCAAGCAAAGCUGCAUCGGCCCCAAUCAACGGCAAGCUUAGUUCCUCCAACGGAAAAGCAGAGACAGGUGGAACACAGGUGACUCCUCUGCCAGACGCCGCUCUGACAUCCAGCUCCCAGCCGCUCCCCUUAUUGGACAUUCCCCGUCCUUUCGAAGCGCUCUCCGACGUUAGCAACGAUUCGAGCCACAAUGGCCGGGACUGCGACGCCCAGGAAACGGCGUCAGAGAGGCUCGGUCAACCCCCUUCGGCCACAACCGCACCCGCCGGCGUCAGCGCAAAACCCAAGCCUACCCCUCGCAACAAGAGUACGUCGGCUACCAGCGACAAAAAGUCUAAGAAGAAGUCCAAGAAGCAUAAAGACAAGGAGAAGAUGAAAAACAAGGCGAAAGGCCAAGAGGAGACGAAAAGUGCUGAGGACAGAAUGCUGGAGCUUGACAGAAGUUGUGACACGAGCCCAGAAAACCUCAAAAGCAACAGUAUUCCACUUAAAAACACAAAUCUUAAUGGGAUAUGCAAUGACAGUACCAGUAUUCCCUUGUCUUCACCUGAGGUGACUGACUAUCUAUUGAAGUACACAGUGAUCAGCUCUCAGGAGCAGCGUCAGAAGUAUAAAAACGACUUCAACUCCGAGUACAGCGAGUACCGCGACCUGCACGCUCGGAUAGAGAGCAUCACUAAGCAUUUCACUGUGCUGGACAACGAGCUUAAAAAGCUCCAACAAGGCACAGACAAGUACAAGACAAUCCAUAAUCAGAUACUUCAAGAGUAUCAUAGAAUAAAAAAGCGCAACCCCCACUAUAGCCAAGAGAAGAACCGUUGUGAACAUCUCCACAACAAACUGGCACAUAUCAAAAGACUCAUUGCCGAGUAUGAUCAACAGCAACUCUGAAAGUACAGUACUGUAUUUUUUUUUUCUUUUUCAAUGAGGAUUUGUCCUCAUUUCGGCCAAAGGCUCACACGUGUGGACUUAAAACAAGGACAUGGGGGUCUUUGUUGUCCUCUCUUUACUUUUCUUUUUGGGGGGAAGGUAAGAUAAUACCGGGGCUCCUAGUGUGUUAUGCUUACACAUCCAAGGAAGGAAAGAAAAAAAAAAGGUGACGCUGUUUUUCUCAGCUCAUCUUUCUUAUAGCGAUGUGAAAGAAUCAGGGAAUUACAACAAAAAAAAACACUUACUGGAGGAGACGUCUGUCCUGCUUUUUAAGUUAUAGGAAAAAUUAGAUGGCGGUCUUCCCCCUUUAUAUACGGAGGUUGUUUUUUUUCUAUUUAUUUUCCGACCCUCAAAGUGGGGGACUAUCAGUACUUUAAAGGCUGCGUCUCCUCUAUUUUGAAUGUCAGCCAGUAUUUGAUUCAGAAGCUGCCUUGCCUCGUCUCAUUCUCCGCUCUUUAAAAGAAGACUCAGUUUUAUUCCAGAACAAGGGGUGUCCAAACUACGGAAUUACCGUAAAUGCACUAAUGUGAAAACUCUGUACACAGUUUCAUUUUCAACUUCAAUAAUGAUUCAGAGUGCAUGAGAAAGUCUGUUGAGUAUAUUGCACAACACAGCACUGAUUUUGUAAGGAAGGAAUAAACUGCAUUAAUACCGCGGAUUAAUUGAUAGUAGGCGCAUAAAUUCCACAACAGUAUUGACCUUUUAAAUUCUUGUGGAGUUCAUAACAACAUCAGGAGGUUGCCUACAGCCACAGUUGUUAAUGCCAAUGUUUUUUGAGUCAACGCUAAUUCGUAGACCAUGCACCCAAUGACUACCAGGGAAUAGAGGCGUUAAUUGAAGCAAUAAAGUAAACACAGUACAUAAUAGGAUCAAUUUGAACAACCUCAAUUUUGUGCAAAUUAAUAUAAUUAAACACUGAUGCGUUUCAUUUGAUUUCUUAGAAUAAGAACAAAAAUGAGCGUUUGUUUGGACACGCCUGUUCCGGUACAAAAUCCUCUCCUUCGCUGCAACGCAUGGCGAGCUCCUCCUACAACGAUCCGAAGGUUGUCUCCGCGUCACAACUUAAUGUCUGCGCAUCAAGCUAGUCCAUGGAGGCGACUGUUAACACAAAGCCAUCCUCAACCCGCCUUUCGCUGCCCCGCCCCCGCUACCACUUAUGCCUUUUCUGUCCUCCUAACGCGAAGAUGAUGUCACACUCCCGAGAAGCGGCGAGACGAGUCCAGUCGGUCAGCAUGACGGAUCCCUUUAUGUGAAUAUGACAAAUCAGCACUUUUAAUCUCCUCGCUGUGACCUGUGGAAGUGACUUGUUUUCUUUGUCGGUGCGCAUGCGUCGCUCGCUCGCUCUACGAUCGAACAAUCCUUAGUUGACAGGCAGGCAGGUGGAAUCGUGUCAUUAGAGCCUCAUCCAGCAAACCCACUGUGAGCGAGCAUCCUUAACUAUCCUGCAGGAUGUAACUAAGUCAAAUGUGCCAAAAUGACCUGUUUGUAUAGUUUUCUUUCUCCUCUCCCACUGUUGAAGGAGAGGAGGACGUUGGAGGCACUCGUGAAUGAAAUGUCGGCGCUAAAAACCCAAAGCACGCUUUUUUUUUUCUUUUUUGAAAAGGGACUGGAAAUGACAUUUUUUUUGUUUCAAUAAAAUUCUAUCAAAUCCUAA